UGUGUGUGUGUGUGUGACGGCGGCUUGCUGGUGGUAAACAGUGCAAGGGAGUGGAGAGAGACGCUGGGAGAGGACUCGAACACACGCUCACACACUCAACACACACUCACACACACUUGGAGGAGAAAGACGCAGCAAAAGACGCACGAAGAUCAUCUGUGGUUUUACGCGCGCGCUGUGUCCUCGCGGCAUCAUCGCUCCUGUGCGCGCUUCGUCCUCUGCGCGCACCCAGCCGGCGCUGCGUGGACCAGAAGAAGAACCGGACCGAAACUCCCCAGGCAUGGCGGCGGUGUUGCCGAGGACGCUGGGUGAGCUGCAGCUCUACCGGAUCCUGCAGCGAGCCAACCUGCUCUACUACUACGAGGCCUUCAUCCAGCAGGGCGGCGACGACGUGCAGCAGCUGUGCGAGGCCGGGGAGGAGGAGUUCCUGGAGAUCAUGGCCCUGGUGGGGAUGGCCAGCAAGCCGCUGCACGUGCGGCGCCUGCAGAAGGCGCUGCGGGACUGGGUCACCAACCCGGCCAUCUUCAACCAGCCGCUCACCUCGCUGCCCGUCUGCAGCAUCCCCGUCUACAAGCUGCCCGAGGGCUCGCCCGCGCUGCUGGGCGCGCAGGACCGGGCCAGCAGCGCCGGCGUCAAGAUGCCCAAGGACGGCGGCGGCGCCUCCUCCGACCCGGGGAAGCUGGACGUGGCGCGGGACAAAGCGUCGGCCGGCUCGCUCCUGCAGGGCGGCAGCGAGGCCCUCUGGUCGGGCCACAGCAACGACAGCGAGCACAGCCUGUCGCCGUCGGACCUGGGCUCGCCGUCCUCGCCGCGGGACACGCUGGACCUGGACGCCGCCGCCGUCCAGUCGGUCGUGGAGUGCGUGGACCGGAUGGCGCCGGGGCUCCCCAAGGCCGACCUGUCCGAGGUCAGAGAGCAGCUGAAGAACAACAAGAAACUGGCGAAGAUGAUCGGGCACAUCUUCGAAAUGAGCGAGGAGGAGCCGCGGCGGGAGGAGGAGAUCCGCAAGUACAGCGCCAUCUACGGCCGCUUCGACUCCAAGAGGAGGGACGGCAAACACCUGACGCUGCACGAGCUGACGGUGAACGAGGCGGCGGCCCAGCUGUGCAUGAGGGACACGGCGCUGCUCACGCGGCGGGACGAGCUCUUUGGACUCGCCCGGCAGAUCUCCAGAGAGGUCACGUACAAAUACACCUACCGCACCAGCAAGUCUCGCUGCGGAGACAGAGACGAGGCGUCCCCUAAGAGGAUUAAAACAGAGGAGAACUUCUUCGACAUCCAGGAGGCGCUGCAGGCCAUCCACAUGAGGCAGGAGAUGCUGAGGGAGCAGCUGGCCUGCGCCAAGUCCAAAGGAGAAGAGACCGUGGGGCGCAAUCUGCAGAUGCAGCUGGAGCGCCUGCUGGCCCGGCAGAUGGAGAUCCUGCAGGACGCCGCCGUGCAGGAGCGCCUGCAGGCUCUGGACUGGAGGAUCCCCCCCGCCGCCCUGAAGUACCUCAACGAGGCCCAGGGCACCAACGGGGCCGCCGAGGCCGGCAGGGACCACCAGGACGAGCGGCCGAUCAACCUGCGCGUGGUGAGUCAGAGCAUGCAGGAAGGCGACCUCCCAUUGGGCAAGCAGCUAGCCAAUGAGCUGAAGCGCCACCACCACCACAACAACAACAACAACAACAACAGCAGCAGCAGCACGGCAGACGACACCAAAACACCAGCAACAGAAAACGGGACGUCGCAGCGAGCGAGCGUCAGCACCGAGAGGAAGAACAUCAAGUCCGAGCCGGGAGACGCAACAUAGUGCCUCCCCGCCCCCCCGAAAUUCCC